AGAUUUGUAUACAAAGUUUUGAGUAAUCCUCUUAACAGGCUUCCGGGGCCUAUAUCUUCCAAGUGUACCAAUUUGAUUCACGACUAUUACUCGCUAAAGGGCCAACUUCCUUACUAUGUCCAUUCUUUGCAUGAAAAAUAUGGUAAUCAGAACGCGAAACAAGCCCUGGAGCCAACCCGAAGAGCUUUCUUUGCUGACCGCCCUAUCGUACGAAUCAGCCAGACUCAAGUUGAUAUCUGUGACGCGUAUGCAGUGAGAGAGAUCCACAAGACGCACACCAAAUUCUACAAGACAGUGUUUUACCGCCAGCUCGUUUCGGUGAACGUUGACACAAUGUUCAGCACCCCUGACCCACAUCUCCACGGUUCUCGUCGUCGACUGCUUGCGUCCCCAAUUUCUGACUCGGCACUAUCCCAUCUCUUGCCGCAGAUUUCCAAUCGAAUUGAGUAUGCAAUUCAACGCAUCUCAGAGGAGAUGAUAAGCCGGGGUGCCGCGGAUGUUUUUAAAUGGUGGUUGUUCAUGGCGACCGAUAUCAUUGGAGAGUUGACCUUUGGAGAUUCAUUUAAAAUGCUCGAGGCAGGUAAUGUAAGUUGUUCUUCUCGAGCCAAAGGCUUCAUCUCGAGCAAUGUUGACUUUUUAGCCGACUCAAUAUUCCAAAGAUUUGGAGAUGAUCGCUUGUCUUCAACCCAUUCGAACAACCUUUCCAUCCUCGUCAGACUUGGGGCUUACCUACCACUUCCUAUCUUCAGAAAGACGGCAGCAGCCGGCAAGCGAAUCGGACUAUACGCACAGCAGUCAAUUCAACGAUAUAAAAAACACCUUGAGGAGAAUCCGGAGAAUCCUAAGCCAACAUUGUUUACAAAGAUCUUUGACAUUGGGAAGAGUGGCCUCAGCGAGUCCGAGAUACGAAGUGAGGCGCAGGGCUAUAUUGUUGCCGGUAGCGAUACCACGGCUGUUACUUUGACCUAUCUCAUUUAUUCCGUCUGCAAGGACCAUCAGGUAAGAACAAAACUUUUGGAAGAGCUGUCUACUUUAAAUGAGCCAGUAACAGACAAGGAUCUUCGCAAUCUGUCUUAUCUGGAUAAUAUCAUUACCGAAACACUACGUCUACAUACUGCUGUACCUUUUGGAUUGCCUCGAGCUGUGCCGCCAGAGGGUGCACACUUCAAUGGUUAUUUCCUUCCUGGCGGUGUGACGGUAUCCACACAGUCAUUUAGCCUCCAUCGUGACCCGGCCAUCUUUCCAGAACCAGGGAGAUUCAAACCGGAACGAUGGCAAAAUACGAGCAAGGAAAUGAAAGACAUAUCAAUCCCAUUUGGGGGCGGAUCACGGAUCUGCAUCGGAAUGCAUCUUGCCCGUAUCGAGCUUCGUCUCGCUACUGCUUUGUUCUUUCGUCGAUUUCCAAAGGCUCGCGUGUCUGAAAAAGAAGGAAUGAGUGAUGAGGAUAUGCAUAUGAAGUGCUUUUUCCUAAUGGCUCCAGAGGGCCACCGGUGUCUGAUUGAGGUGUAA